AUGGGAGAAGCUCACCUCCCAUUUGGCAGGUGUUUUGGCAUUAAUUCUCAGGACAAUGUUAUAGUGCAAGUUUUUGCAGCAGCGACGGGCGGAGUUGAGCAGUACAAGGUCAACCGGCCGAGCAAAGUGCGUCAUGCCUCCCCGGAAAACCCCUCUACAGUGAAGACUAGAGCAAUGAGUGACAGUAACAUUUUGAGUUCAUUGAGUACUCAACUGGAAAGCCUUGUUAAAGAAAUGCGUGAGUUUCGUGAGAAAUCAAAAAAGGAAAUGCGUGAAUUUCGUGAGGAAUCAAAAGCCAGGGGAAAGUCGAUCGAUUCUACACAUAACAAGAUAGACGAUGGAGUGCCCGAGAAUAAGUCCGAGAAUGUGUUUGAGGUUGUAGAGGCGGUGGCAAAAGUUCUGCGGUUCGACCUCAAGCCAGAAAUGAUUGAUGCGGAGUACAGACUCGCGGGCGGUAGUGGCGCGUCGAGACCACGGGGCAUAAUUCUCAAGUUUGUUUGGCGCGGGGACUGUGAUGAGCUGUUGCGGCUUGCAAAAGUCAAGCGUGGGUUUCCAGCAUCAGAACGUGACUUCUCAUCCGAAAACAAAGUAUUCGUGAACCCGUCACUUUCGAAGGCCUUCAGGGAACUACUCUACCACGCCAAGUGUGCAGCGCGGGAGGGCCGAGUGAGGUUCACCUGGUACAGUAACGGGAAGGAGUUGGUCCGCUAG